AUGGCUUUGAGAAUAAAAGAAUCUGUUGUUUAUCCUUUAGAAAAUCUUCCAGUAAUGGUUGCAGGUGUUUGGUCAGAAAACAGGUAUGCACAGCUAGGGGCAACCAAUUAUAUCCGAAAGCUGCUCUCAACGGGCCGCAGUCCUCCAAUCGAUGAAGUUGUAGACUCUGGUGUUGUUCCUCGUUUUAUUGAAUUCCUUGCAUGGGAAGGUUUUCCACAACUUCAGUAUGAGGCAGCAGUGGCUCUCACCAAUAUUUCUUCAGGGACAUCAGAGAACAACAAGGUUCUAAUUGAUCAUGGAGCUGUACCACCAUUUGUCAAGCUUUUAAGUUCACCACUUUACGAGCUCCGGGAACAGGUAGUUUACGCACUUGGAAACAUUGCUGGUGACUCACCUCAGUUUCGCGACCUUGUCCUUGGCCUUGGAGCUUUGAUGCCAUUGCUUGCACAGUUCAAUGAACAUUCAAAGAUUUCUAUGUUGAGAAAUGCCACUUGGACAUUGUCCACCUUCUGCAGGGGCAAGCCACAACCUUUAUUUGAGCAGAUAAAGCCUGCUUUGCCAGCUCUUGAGCGUCUUAUACAUUCACGUGAUGAGGAAGUCCUGAAAUAUGCAUGCUGGGCUCUCUCUUAUCUCUCAGAUGGAACCAAUGACACAGUCCAGGCUGUUAUUGGGGCAGGUUUCUGCCCCAGGCUUGUUGAACUUCUACUUCAUCCAUCUCACGCAGUGGUCUUCACUGCAUUACGAACGGUUGGAAAUAUUGUCUCUGGUGAUGACAUGCAGACUCAAUACAUGAUAAACUAUCAAUGUCUUCUUCCUUGCCUUUUGAACCUCCUGACCAGCAAUAAUAAGACGCUAAUCCAGACUGAAGCAUGCUGGACAAUCUCAAACAUCACAGCUGGAAAUGCAAAUCAAAUACAGGCUGUAAUUGAAGCUGGUAUCAUUGGUCCCCUUGUCGACUUGGCUCAGAGUGCUGAACUUGAGGUCAAGCAAGAGGCUGCUUGGGCAAUGUCAAAUGCAACUUCUGUUGGCACCUAUGAACAAAUCAAGUUCUUGGUUAGCCAGGGGUGUAUCAAGCCAUUAUGUGAUCUCUUGAUCUGUCCUGACCCCAUAAUUCUCAAAGUUUGCUUGGACGGGCUUCAGAACAUUCUAGUGGUUGGGGAAGCUGAAAAGGAUUUAGGCAGUACUGGAGAAACUAAUCUUUAUGCCCAAAUGAUAGUUGACGCAGAGGGUUUAGAAAAGAUUUCGAACCUUCAGAGUCAUGACAACAAUAACAUAUAUGAGAAAGCGGUGAAGAUUUUUGAGACUUAUUGGCCGAAGAAGGAUGACGACGAAGCUGAGGCUGAGGGUGGUGGUUCCCCAACGGGGUAGUACUUUGCUCUUCAUUCUGAUGGAUUUACCUUCAGUUAAGGUCUCUUUUGAAGAAAGGUUACAGAUGUCAAAUAAGCUGCUUUCCGAGGUCUUUCAAAGACAAAUUUGGGAUCUAGAGAUUUUGUCUUUUCUGAUUGUAAAGGUACCAGUAUCCCUUCUGCAAAAAGAGGGAACAAGGGAAAAUUUGGCAG